UAAAGAAGGUUACGAGUUAAAGAAUUGGAUUACUGGAUCAUAUGACUACGCAAAAGGAGAGACAUCUGAAUUGAAAGCAACGACCGUGACAGAAUUUAUGUACUUGAAGUCAUGACUUUAUUUACAGUAUGUUUCGUGGUUUCAGGAAGGCAUCUCGUGGUUUACAAGGUUUACCUUGUUUGACUCGAUGCACCGUAGCUAACCAGUCAGACAGCCUGCACUAGGCUAUGUGGUUCGCAAGCUAACGUUAGCUAAAGAAACCUUAGCAACGCUAGCUAACGUUAAGUUAUUAGAGAGGGGCGGCAGCAGCAAGCAAGUUGAUUUGCUGGUUUGACUGACAGACUAUUUGUUAGGUUUCAUUAUCUCAUUGUCUGUUGAGGAUACUAUCUAGCUAGGUUACAUUAUUUUCCUAUAUUCCAUUUCUAUUCAGAACUAAUUCUAAAGAGGAAUAAUUGCUGGUUAAUUGAUAGAUUUUUUUGCAAGUUAGCACAUUUUUGCACGACAGCAUAGUUUGUGUCCCCGAGGUAGAUAGCUAUUCAGGUAAUAUAAGCCUAUAAGUUACAUCAUGGUUUUCUGUGACUGUUAUUAUAUUAGAAACCGCUAAAACGUCAUAGACUGUCUUGCUAGUUCCGAAAUGAACAUUUUACAGCGGCACAGAAAUGAUCCGUACAACAGGAUAACAAAACUAGCUUGGUAUAAAUAUCUUUUCUGUUACGGUUUGUAAAGUAGCUAUAGGCUACAGUCACAAUAAAUAGUCUGACGUAUUGCCAAUACAGUAUCCAGAGUCGGUGAUAACAUUUGGCUACCUUUUGAUCCAAACCGUUAUCAUCUUGACGCAGAAUAACCAACAAAUGUUUGGUUUGGGUCAUUAUCAAAUGCCUAGUUAGCCUUCGAGAUGUAGAAAUGGAAAACUUAAUUUGAACUAGGCUACUAUGUUGCCAUGAACGCAUGUGUGACAAUUGUUAUGCAUCUGUCAGGGAUAUGCAUUGCGUUUGCAACUUCUCAAAUGGUGUUGCGGUAUUUUAAUUUACCAAGAUGAAGAUGCAUAUAGUUUUGCCAACAUUUUGUGCGAUUCACACAGCAAACAAUGUACAGUGACCGCUUAGAUAGGUUGUAGCUAAUAAUACUGGUUCUAAAGCUAAAAUGUCGCAUUUAGACCGAAUAUGAAAAGUUUGUGGAGGACUUUAAACAGCAGAGACUACGUGCAGGACGAGUCGGCUAUUUUUGAGCGUGACAACGCGCGAUUAUAAGAACAUCACUCAUUAAUACGGAUAGGCUGGAGUGAAAGGCUGUAACUACCGCAUUUACAGAUCAGAGGAGCAAGGUAGACGGAAACGUACAAGGCAAAGCCCCUUGUGAAGAGUGAAGUCGGUGAAAUGGCCGGCGACUGCAUCUACAACGCACACUACGCUAAUGACACUUUUGGUAACAAACAUUUUUUGGGCACAAAGCAGGAACUUGCCCAGGAUCUCGAUGCCAUGCAGGGUAUUGCGUCGACGUCAGUGGUGGCUUCUUCGCCAUAUUUCGAAAUAAUUGGCGGUGUGUUGCAUCGCAAAAAGUUGGAAAAGGGGAACACCAAUUAUAGAGAGGUGUUAGACAAGGACAGACGACUGAACGCGAUCGCCACGUUUCAUCUGAAGGGGAAGAGGCACCACACCUUGGAGGAUACCUACAGAUUUGUAGAAGAAAACUACUGGUGGGAAGGAAUGUACUUCCAUGUCCGAGAGUAUGUUCUGGGAUGCCAGGAGUGCCAAGCACAGAAGAAGAGGUGCAAUCAGGCAUGGCCUGAGCCCUGUGUUUCUAGGACGCUCACAUCCCAUGGCAACAGUGUGCUCCACAAGUUGAGGGGCCAGCAGAAGGCGGGGCUGUUCUGUGACAUCACUCUGAAGACAGGCAGCCGCUCCCUCCCUGCCCACCGUGCCGUGCUGGCAGCCGUAAGCGAGCACUUCCAGGAGAUCUUCACAGAGAUGGACUCAGCACCUGGCCUACAGGCUGACGUUGACCUCACUGGUUUCAGUGAGGAGCUCUUCCUGCCUCUGCUGGAGUUCUCCUACAGCUCCACGCUGUCGGUGCAGGCGGAGUCCCUGGGGGAGGUGUCCACCCUGGCUCGGCACUUCCGUAUGUGGGCUGCCGUGGAGGCCUGCAGCGCUCUCCAGAGCGAGCACCAGGCCAGGCGCAGCAGGGGCAGAGCCGUCUCACUGGAGCUCGCCGACAGCCAGCGGGAGAACCGGGCUGGGCUGGCGGGUUUGCACAAACAGAGAAGCUUCGCCAUGGCGGAGGAGUCUGUCAGAACCUCUCAGAAAUGCCCCCGGCCCCGAGAGCACGUCCUGACUGCGUGUGAUAAUCCGUCCGGGAGUUUGAGCACGGGAAGGCCGUCUACCCGCUCUCGACUGGGCAUGAACGGGCUGCCCCCCCCCCACAUGCAUCAUAGCCCCGCCCAUCGGCUCAAGCUGAUCGACUUCAAAUCCCCGUCCAUCAAGCCCAGAGAGUCCCGCAGCUCCCGGGCUCUUCCACCGGGAGCUCGCCGGAUGCCCGCUCGCGUCCUGCGCUCCGACACCGCCCCCCUGGACCCGCACCCCCCAGGGCUAGGCCCUGCCCCUUCCUCCACUAAACGGAGGCGGAGCUCGGAAGUGGCGGGACUGGGACAGGGUCCGGUGUCGGGGGUGAGCCUGGUGAAGGAGGAACCGGUGGAGGAGGAGGUGGCGAGCCCCAACGUGCAGGAGAAGUACAGGCUACUGAGCGUGCUGGGUCUGCAGAGGAAGUCCCUGCUGCCGGACCCAGUGCAGCCCGCAGGCUGGCAGCAGAAGCAGCGCCUGCGCAGGCUGAAGGUCCUCAGCUACGCUCAGACCACCCCCCGCACUCCCCGCCCCACCCCACCAACCCGUUUCCCCGGUGACGGCAGAAGCGCCUCCGCUCUCCUGCCGAGGGCCAGAGAUGCGGAGCCCCCGGGACCUGCUGCGGCGGUGGAGGCGGGGCUCGAGAGAAGAGAGAGGCAUGGCUUGAGCCCGACCGACCGGGUGCCACCCCCCCAGCGCAGGGAGCUGAGACGCUCGGUCAGAAUCAGGGAUGCCCCCCUACAGAACCUACCCCGCCUCCGCGCCAGAAAGGUUGAGCCCGGGUCCCGCGCUCUGCGCAGGAAACCUGUCCGAGUGAAGAGGGAGCCGACCGCUGCCGUCAUUUCGCCUCACAGCAUCUCCACGUGCAGCGCACAGGGCUGCCACCAGGGGGAGCACUCCCCCUCCCACAGAGCCCGGUGCGCACUGGACGUAUUGGUUGGAUUGGUUGGAGCUGGCAGGAGAACUGCCGGCAACGCCCGGUCGGUUGGUCCGACGACACGCGACUACACCGGCGAGGCAAGGGCGGACGGCUACUCCCCCUGGUGGCGAGGGGCCAUUAAAGAGGAGCCGGUGGACCCUGUCCCUGUGAGCAACCCCCAUGGCGUGACAACAGAGCUGGGCAAGCGUCGGAGCAAGCCCCCCGUGAAGCUGCUGGACCCCGGCUUCCUGUUUGAGUUCUGCCGUCCCCCGGGGCUGAAGAGGGAGGCGGAGAGCGUGGGCGUUUGCCUGACCCGUUCCAUCAAGCAGCUGCUGCCCAGGGGUGAGGCCUCUGGACCUCGGCGAAAGGAAAGGGGUGUGGACGCCUCCCACAGACCCAACCUGGCCUGUUCGGGGACGGCGAAGGUCGGAGGGUAUCUACCAAAGAAACGACACAAGCUGCUCCCGCUGAUGGAGUCUCCUCGCAGGGCCUGCUGGAAGGGCCGCACCCCUGUCACAUCACACACCUGUGUCCAGUGCAGGGCCAAGUACCGGAACUGCGACUCCCUAAUAAUGCACCAAAUCCGCCACAUUGAGGGAAAGCACUGGCCCUGCCCUCUGUGCAGCAAGACCUUCUUCAGGCAGAGAAACGUUCAGAGCCACAUCCGAACCCACGACCAAAAACUCUACAAAUGCCGCGUCUGCAUCUCAGCCGCCUGAGGGGCGCACUGGUCACCUGAACCGAGUGCCGAGGAGAGAGCGGCAAGAGCCGACCAAUGAAACCUACAUGCUGUCAAUCGCAGCGUCCUAAGCACCAAUUAAAACUGUCUGUCUUGCAAGAUGAGUCAUCGUCCCCUCUUCCACCUCUGCAUUUGAUCCUGCUUUCAGUUGCACAGCUUGUUUUUCUGCCUCCAUACCCGGAGAGGCAGAGAGAGGCUGCGAUGUGCGAAAUGACACGAGUAAUUCAGAAUCAAUGUUUUAGCACAAAAUAUCUUGGCUGGUGAUAUUUGAAGCUCCUGAUUUCAGGUUAAGUGCCUGUAUUUGAGAAAACAGUUUUGUUUGAACUGUAUUGAUAGCAUUUGUGGUGUAAUGAGCUUACAUCUACAUUUUAUUCUAUAUAAAUUUUGGUGAAACUGUUGACUGACUUGUAAAUACAGGGAUGAUUUUCAAUUAAUUUUAAUAUUUAGUUUUGUUUAACUAUGGUGAUUUAUUAUUGUUCUGCCAUGAUUCUUAUUUAAAUGAACAAUGUCAAGAUGCUGUCCCUUAGCCUUUUUUUGCAAUUGCAUAGCUGUAGAGGUUAAAUUUGAACAUUUGAUGUUGUCAUGGUGACAGGGACCUGGAUGUUACAGUUAAAUGUAAAUGAGAGAAUGUUUAAUGCUGGUACCAAUGGUUUAAUAUUAUUAUUUAUUUACUUCAUUUUUAGAAGAAUGCACUGAAAUGGUAGCAUUGUUUUAAACCUAAGAAAUAUUUGUUAAGCCAGAAGAUGACUUGGUCUUUGACCUGGGAAUACUUGAAGGAAGGAGGGACGAAGAAAUGAUGAAUACAUAUUCUUAUUCCUCCUUUAUGUCUGACAGCAUCAGCGUGACUUGCAUGGUUAACUGCAGUGUAUAUAACAGACUUGUGUAUGCUGCCUAUUUAAAAUGGGAAAACUAUUGUGGAAGUGUGACUAUAAAUGUGCAAUGGACAUAAUGGUAAAAAAGUAUGGCAGUUUUCUUGAUCUUAUAGCGGGAGGCUGCAAUUUGCCCUUUUGUAUUUAAAAAUGUAUUUAACAUUUUAAUCAAUAUAAGGAAUAUUUGUGCAAAAUUUGAUUUUCAAUUCUGGAAUUGUAGGUGGGGAAAACAUCAAUUUUAGAUCUACCAAAACUAACAAAUAGUUUUAAUAAAUUAUACUUUUCACUGC